UGUAAGAAUAGAAACUCAAGUGCAAUUGUUAACUUCCACUCUAUUACUCAACUCUCUCCUUCAGCUCGGGACUGUUCGAGUUCUAUUCAGUGUGAUCACAAAUGGCUCAGAAGCGAACUAGACGAGUAGGUCAGAGCUCGAGCCACCGGUCCGAAGGAGUCGAGUCCUCAUCCCAGAACCACCAGACCCACGGCUCAGUAAAAUCUCACACAAAUCGACAUCGUUGGCUCACCACCUUCUGCAUUCUGUUCUUUGCAUUUUGUUUACUUAUUUACCGUCAAAAUUACUAUUUCUCUACUACUGUUCGUGAUGCUGAUAGUAACAGACCGUAUGUUUACCAGCGUGGCCUCGUUAAAACCGAUUUGACCUACCGUGAAAUUCUCACUGAGAAUUCCAAAGUCUCAGAAAAUAUAAGUCAGCGGCAUUUUAGGAAUCCUGUCCUGGCCUAUAUUACUCCAUGGAAUUCAAAAGGCUAUGACCUGGCGAAGAAGUUCAGUUCUAAAAUUACACAUCUGUCACCUGUUUGGUAUGAACUGAAGAAUGAAGGAAGUAAAUUAGUUCUGAAUGGAAGACAUAAUGCUGAUAGAGGAUGGAUUUCAGACAUUCGAAUGAAAGGAAAUUCUCUGAUUUUACCUAGAGUUGUCCUGGAGGCAAUUCCAGUGGACCUGCUUAAGAAGAAGAGGCUUAGGGAGAAAGCAAUCAACCUUAUCAUAACGGAGUGCAAGGAUUUGGAGUAUGAUGGUAUUGUGCUUGAAUCCUGGUCAAGAUGGGUAGCUUAUGGCAUCUUGCAUGAUUCAGAUAAGAGAAAUAUGGCAUUACUAUUUAUAAAGCAACUCGGAGAAGCUAUGCAUUCUGUGCACUUAGAAAGGAAUGGCAAGACAAAUCUACAGUUAGUGUAUGUGAUAGGUCCACCACGUACAGAUAAGCUGCAGGAGCAUGAUUUUGGACCAGAAGAUUUACAAGUCCUGAGUGAUGCUGUAGAUGGUUUCUCUCUUAUGACGUAUGACUAUUCAAGUCCUUAUAAUCCAGGUCCCAAUGCACCUCUGAAGUGGAUACGAUCGACCUUGCAUCUUCUUGCUGGUGCAAAAGGUAGGGGAUUAGCUGAAAAGAUAUUUGUCGGGAUCAACUUCUAUGGCAAUGAUUUUGUCCUGUCAAAAGGUUUAGGUGGGGGGCCUAUCAUAGCACACGAGUAUCUCUCUUUGUUGGAGCAACACAAGCCUGUAAUUCAGUGGGAGGAGGACAGUGCUGAGCAUUUCUUCUUGUAUUCUGACAAUCAGCAAGUCCAGCAUGCUGUAUUCUACCCGUCGCUCAUGUCACUUGCAGUGCGGCUUGAGGAAGCUCUUUCAUGGGGGGCAGGUAUUUCAAUUUGGGAAAUUGGUCAAGGUCUGGAAUACUUUUUUGAUAUUAUGUAGUAGUUUAAUCUUCACUUGGCAUUGUUGCCUAGUCUUACAUUUCCAUUUGUUUAAUUGAAUAGUAGAAAGAGACUUUGUUGGUGCAUC